AUGAAGAUUCUCACAAAGGAAGAAGAGGAGGCGCAUUACUCGGCCGUCCUCAAGGGUGGCUUCAUCGGAGGCAGUCUUGGUCUCACAGUCGGUCUUGGAGGUGUUUUCCUUGCCUCAAGGCGAUACCCUGCUUUCCGCGGCCUCACUCUUCCCUUCAGGACCUUCCUCGUCACAUCUGCCGGUACUUUCGGUGCCAUCAUCAACGCCGAUCGCUGGUCCAUGGAUUUCCAGAAGAAGCAGAACCCCAUGAACUUUUACGAGGACCAGACCCAGCGCGCGCAGCAAAUUGUUCGCGAGAACCAGACCGCAAUGGAGCGGUUUAUGGAGUACGGAAAGGAGAACCGCUACUCCAUCGUCUUCGUUUCAUGGCUGGCUUCCAUGGGUGUUGCAUUUGCCAUGGUCAGCCGCUCGCCCAUGAACACAGCCAACAAGGUCGUCCAGGCUCGUGUGUACGCACAGGGCCUUACUCUCGCGGUUCUCAUCAUCUCUGCAAUCUUUGAGGUGAAUGACGCCAAGAAGGGUGAGGGCCGCUGGCAGACCGUCAUGGUUGUCGACCCCAACGACCCCGAACACAAGCGUCUUAUCGAGAAAAAGAUUCACAAGGAGGAGUAUGAGGGCCAGGACCUCUGGAAGGAUAUGGUUGCUGCUGAAGAGCGACGAUUGGCUGAAAAGAAGCAAGCUCAAGGGAGCAAGGCCUGA